AUGGCGGACGCAGCUGUUGAUGCCGUCGAGAUUCAGGGCGGUGCAAAGCAGACGGCCAAGGACUUGUUUUCUGGCGCGGUGGGAGGAAUUGCGCAGGUGUUGAUAGGCCAACCCUUUGACAUAGUCAAAGUCCGCCUCCAAACCGGAACGCAAUACACCUCCGCCCUGGAAGCGGCGCGCUCUAUCUACGCCAAAGAAGGCCCCCUAGCCUUCUACAAAGGCACCCUCACACCCCUCCUCGGCAUCGGCGCCUGCGUCUCCAUCCAGUUCGGCGCCUUCGGCUUCGCCAAGCGCUAUGGCCAAUACUACGCGGCAGGCGCUUUCGCGGGCGUCGCGAACUCCGUCAUCUCGGGCCCCAUCGAGCACGUCCGCAUCCGGCUACAAACCCAACCCCACGGCGCGGCGCGUCUGUACAGCGGGCCCCUCGACUGUGUGCGCAAGCUAUCCUCACACGGCGGCGUGCUAAAGGGUCUCUACCGCGGCGAAGCUGUGACGAUCUAUCGCGAGGCGCAAGCGUACGGUAUGUGGUUUAUGUCGUUCGAAUGGAUGAUGAAUGCACACGCGGCGCGGAACAAGAUCGAGCGGAAGCAGAUCCCGCCUUACAUGAUUGCGUUCUACGGUGGACUUGCGGGCGAGGCCUUGUGGUUGGGGAGUUACCCACUUGAUGUCGUCAAGAGCAAGAUGCAGACGGAUGGGUUUGGCAAGGAGCAGAGGUAUAAGACUAUGCGUGAUUGCUUUACGCAGACGUGGAGGGGGGAGGGGAUGAGGGGGUUUUGGAAGGGUAUUGGGCCCACGCUGUUGAGGGCUAUGCCUGUGAGUGCGGGUACGUUUGCCGUGGUGGAAUUGACGAUGAGGGCUAUCAGCUAGGGUCAGACGUUAUGCCAUUUAUGGAUAUACUCAAACAUUCAACAUUGGACUUCCACGAGAACAUGUGGCUCACAUAUCAUUUAUUGCUUGUUACGGAACCAAGUCCUAGUCCAAACUCCAGAGAGUCAGACUACUCGCUGUACUCCACCCGUCUCUGGAGAAUCCUCCUCGCAUUGGCCGGCUCGAGAGUCACGAUGCCCAAUUCUUCCAACAACUUCCUUGCCUCCGUGUUGUCAGUGAACACUCGAUCACUCGCCUGUUGAAGAGUCAUGUCUCCGAUUUCUGCUUCAACCGGUAAACUAAGAAGCCUAGCUCCUUCUUGCAGU